AUGUCAUCGUCAUCUAAUAGGCAGACAUCAGUUGCGGCCGGAGAUCUGCAGGUGGUUGCGGUGGCGGAGAGGCAGGUGAAGGCGCUCCCUCCUCGGCCUCCAGCUUCGAUUUCUUCCAAUGCUCUAGUUGAGUAUACUCCACCCCAACCUAACCCUGAGGAUGAGGACCUCGAGGUGAAACUACGCCGUAUUAUUGAAUGUGUGCCCGUUCGGGUCAACAACACCUCUGGUAGUUCCGCUGGUUCUGGCUCCGGUGACUUCCAUCAGUAUAGGCAGAUGAGACGGAAAGAACAAGAUCGGCUCGCAAGGAUGGAUGCUGAUUACCAGAAAAGGAAAGAAAUUACAGAAUUCAUCCAGAGAAGGGAGGAAAGAUUAAAAGCUGCAGAGGAGCGCACAGCAAAAAAGCGUUUGAAACGACAGAAAAAGAAACAGAAGAAGCAAGAGAAAUUGGUUGCAUACAGAUUACUCAAAAUUGUGCAGACAGUAUUCAGUGUUGCUACAGAGAAAAGGAAAGACAUGGGUUCUCGGCUACACAUUCAGGGGGAUGAAUCGGUUCUUCUACGUAUCACCCAUUCUAACAUCAAAAGUUUUUCAGCUGACGUUCGAUUCUCUCUACAGAUGACAGUAGAAGCUGUGAAAGAAAAGUUGUGGAAGAAAUGUGGUACUUCUGUCAAUUCAAUGUUCCUCGAGCUUUAUGAUGAUACUGGCGCUAAAGUUGCAGAUGUAGGGGAUAACACGAGAGCCCUUGGUUUUUAUUCCCCGCAAGAUGGUUUCCGGCUGCAUGUCAUCGAUCAGGACCCAUCAUCUGUAACAUCUGGUGGUUGGCUGGAAGACACGUCACUUGUUGAGAAAUACAAAAUUUCUGAAGAGGCAUAUGAGAAACGUGAUGGUACUUUCAGAAAGUUCAAGGAAAAAUUUGGACAUCAACAUCCAUCUGAUCACGAGUCUAAAAUUUCGGACAACUUCAUGCAGGAUGUUUGUGCAAAUAUAAAGGUGGGGGAUAGAUGUCAGGUUGAACCAGGGGAGAAGAGAGGGGUCGUCAAAUUUGUGGGGCAGGCAGAAACUCUUGCACCUGGUUUUUGGGUUGGAGUUCAGUAUGAUGAACCUUUGGGAAAACAUGAUGGCACGGUGAAAGGAAAGCGAUAUUUUGAUUGCCCUCCACUUCAUGGCGGAAUGGUCAGACCAGACAAAGUGAAGGCUGGUGAUUUUGCAGAACGAGAUCCCCUUGAGGAAGAGGAAAUAUGA